UUCAGGAGAGGAGGCCAAGGAUACCAGCAAGCCAACAUUUGCUUCAAGUUCCCGGGUCUGCUGACAAUGUUCAGGAUGCUGAUGGCAGCCGGUAGAGGCUGCUGUGCCCUGGCCAUCCUGCUGGCAAUUGUGGACAUCCAGCCUGGCGGAUGCAUACAUAUCACCAACUCAGCAUCCCAGGAAGGAAAGCGACUAAACUUGAUCUGUACUGUCUGGUAUAACAAUGAAGAGGUUGAGGGGUUGAUAGUGUUUUUGUGCAAGAACAGGUCUAGGGACUGUUCCCCUGAGACCAGCUUGGAACAGCUGAGACUUAAACAGAAUCCUGGGACAGACGGUGCCGGUGACAAAUCAUCUCAGUUGGUGUUCACCAUAAACCAAGUCACGCCAUCGGACAGCGGGACCUACCAAUGUUGUGCCAGAAGCCAAAAGUCAGAUAUCCACCUUCAGGGCCAUUUUUUCUCCAUUCUAGUCGCAGAGACAGGGAACUACACAGUGACAGGACUGAAACAAAGAAUACGCUCUGAGUUCAGCCAUAGUGAAGGCACUCUCAGUUCAGGCUUCCUACAAGAAAAGGUCUGGGUGAUGCUGGUCACCAGCCUGGUGGCCCUUCAAGCUUUUUAAGCCUUGGGCCCAAAGAAACUCUUUUAAAAAAACUUAUGGCAAGAUAAGUCUGACUCUGUUUAGCUUGGCAACUUUCUCAUUACAAUAUGCACAGAGAAGAAAGAAACAGGGCAAGGGGAAGAGACACUAAAUAUGCCAAAAAUCUGAGGAAAUACAAGCUGGGGCAAAUUAGUGUCCUCCCUAACUUUCCCUCCUCACUGCCAGAGCAAACCUGCUUUCUCGCCUCAGCAUCAGCAAAUAAAGAGAACAACUUUCACAAGAGUGGACAAGUAUGUGUGUUUUUCUACCCCAGAGAAACUUUUCCUCCUUUUCCCCUCAACACAGUAAAAUAAGCCAAUCAAACCAAAAUGAGAACACCAUUUUUUACAAGAAUUUUUUAUUUAACACCAAAAAGCAAAGAGAAGAAACAAGCAAAGAUAGGGUAGGAGAAGCAGCGAGCCAGACCCAGUGACUGACUCAGCAUGAAAAUGAGGAAACAAAGAUCUCGGUGUACCAGGUGUACCAUGGAUUAAAACUGCCCAACUCUACCUAAGUACUUGUCAACCUCUUUGGUCAUUUCUCUUUUUAAAUAAAUGAUCACAGCAGUAUUUGCUGCCCUUUCUUUUCUCUUGGGACAGAUGACCUCUUGUCAUGCAUAAGCAAAGAGAAGGGGACAGGGUAUUUCUGAUAGGAAGAACUACAGAAUAAAGGGGUAGGAACACAAUUUAUCUGAGCUACAUAGCCAGCCAUCAAAAGAAAACUGACACCUUACCUGUGAUCCUUAGCAAGAACCUGCCAGAUGUGGGAGUUAAGAUUUAUGGGAACAGAAAGAGUUAAGGCUGAAGUACAUCAGUAAGACCCUUAUUAGGGAUGAUCUUGAAACUCAAACUAAGGAUUUGGGGCUUUGUGUCCUAUGGAGGUAAAGGGCCUAGGUAUGGAAUCAGAAAAUUUAGAUUCAAGUUCUGGCUCUGCAAUGUCCCAGUUAUGUGUUCUUGGGCAAAUGAAGUUGUGAGACACUAUUUCUGCUUAUGUCUCUGUAAAAAGGGAUAUUGCUAUUCUCUCUUCUGGUUCCCAGGAAUGUUAUGAGGAUCAAAUUAGAGUCUGGGUUUGAAAUCCAGAGCCAUUUGAAUUCUGACUCCAAAGUCACCAAAGCUUUUUCUACUAUAUCACAUUCACUUUAAUCUUUCUCUACCUAUUUUAUGUUUCUAACCAAGAAAAUAUUACGCUCACACUAGUAGAGAUAUCUUUUGGUUUGUUUUUUUGUUUUUGUUUUUCUUCGAGUUGGAGUCUCAC